CGUUUGCUAGCUUUGAAUAUAAUGUCGCUAGCUAAGCUAGUGCAAAAGAAACAUGUCAAGAGACAAUUCAGAACAACAUAUUUAGCUACGAAGUAAGGUUAUGAUUCAAGAUGUGGCUGGCUCGCCCUAUGGAUGAAAUAUGACACAAUAAUAGCUAACAUUAGCUAAUGCUGAUUACGUUAUGUUAGCGACCUGCAUAUCAUAGGGCUUAUGCUUACUGCUGGAUAUCAUUUCUAAUGGGAGUAAAGGUGUAUCCCAAGCAAGAAUAUAAAAGCAAGGUCGAACCUAGGGCAGAGGAGAGGAAUGAGCAUUCGCUGGGUUUUGGACACAUACACGUUCACUUUGAGCUGGCUUGGUAACCUGUGGCAGACUAAAGCCCAGAGGCUGGUGUGGUCCCGCCUGCCCACCAUUCGCUUCCUGCCUUCCAGGCUCCACGUCAGGAGGCAGCCGGGCCACGCAGCUGGCCGCCUGGGCUGGACGCAGGUCCGGAGCACCAGGAGGAGGGUGGUGUGGCUGGGUCACAGGUUAGGGCUGUGCACCAGCUGCGCCCAUGCCAGCGCCUCGUCUCCGGGCGGGUGGAGCGGUCUGAGCCAUCGCAUGUCGCGGAUCAGGAGCACGCUGGACUCGGUGUCGAAGGCCGUCAGCGGGACGCACAGCGACCUCCUCUCCAGGAUCGCGCGGCUCAAACCCGCCGCCGUCACGGCAGGGAAAGGGGAGGCGGGGCCCGCCCCGGGGGCCAUGGCUGAGGAGGCCCCGCCCAGGGAAGCCCCGACUCCGGUCGUCGCAGAGGAGGGGCCCCGCCCCGGCGAAACGGCCGCCCGGGAGGACGUGAGGCCGCCAGCCCCUCCAGCCCAGCAGGGAGCCGGCGCGGUCGCCACGGUAACCAAGCAAACCUCUGACCUUUUCCACCCCAGCUAUUUCGCGGUGAACUUGGGCGAGACGUACAGCUACCUGGCCCACCACGUGAACGCCUAUUUCGGGAUGGCGGCGAAGACGGACGACAAGAGGCCGGAGGACCGCGGCGACGUCGCCCAACCCCCCGCGCCGGAUGGCGGGAAGCCCGACGACGCCCGCUUCCUCGUCCCCUCGCUCGUUUCCGACAAGGCGGCGCCGGAGUCGGCUCCGCCCCCCGAUCCCGGCUCCGCCCUCCCGGCCCCGCCCACCUCUCCAAAGAAGGGGAUCGGGCAUUACCUGCCCAACCCCGGGCCGAGCAUGCAGGCGUUCGUCGGCAGCUACAUCGCCCCCCUGGUCCCCAAGUUCCGGUCGGACCCGAAGGGCGUCGCCCCGGAGAAGGACAAACCGGCGGCGGCAGCGGAAGAGGCGCCCGCCAAGCAGACAGAGAGCGCCGAGAGCAAGGAGCAGCGGGCUGCCGAAGACCGGGCCAAACGCCUGCUGCAGCAGCGGGAGAAGAUCAUUGCCAGGGUGAGCGUGGACAACCGGACCCGCGCCCUGGUCCAGGCGCUCCACCGCGCGUCCGAUGUCAAGCUCUACAUCAAACGGGUGGAGGACCUCAGCUACCACCUGCUGGAGUUCCCCGAGACCCGCGGAGUGGCCGUAAAGGAGAAGGUGAUCCCCUGCCUGCUGCGCCUCAGGCAGGCGGGUGACCCCGCCCUGCAGGCCGCCGUCCGGGAGGCCCUGGCGCUGGUGGGGUACACCGACCCGGUGAAAGGGCGGGGCAUCCGGGUCCUGUCCAUAGACGGAGGCGGGACCAGGGGACUGGUUGCCCUCCAGACUUUGCGUGAGUUGGAAGACCUGACAGGCAAACCCAUCUACCAGCUGUUUGAUUACAUCUGUGGUGUCAGCACAGGGGCCAUAUUGGCCUUCAUGCUGGGCGUGUUCCAGAUCCCCCUGAACGAGUGCGAGGAGCUGUACAGGAAGCUGGGCUCGGACGUCUUCAAGCAGAACGUCAUCGUGGGCACGGUGAAGAUGGGGUGGAGCCACGCCUUCUACGACAGCGAGGCCUGGGAGAACCUCCUCAAGGAAAGAUUGGGCGCCGACCUCAUGGUCGAAACCGCGAGGAACGCCAGAUGUCCGAAGGUGGCAGCAGUGAGCACCAUCGUGAACCGAGGCACCCCUCUGAAGGCCUACGUGUUCCGGAACUACAACCUGCAGCCGGGGGUGCGCUCCCACUACCUGGGGGGCUGCCAGCACAAGCUGUGGCAGGCCAUCCGAGCCUCGUCCGCGGCCCCCGGGUACUUCCAGGAGUUUGUGCUGGGUAACGACCUGCACCAGGACGGCGGGCUGCUGAUCAAUAACCCGACGGCGCUGGCGGUGCACGAGUGCAAGUGCCUGUGGCCCAACACGCCGCUGCAGUGCGUCGUCUCCCUGGGCACCGGCCGCUUCGAGAGCCACGGCAAGAACAGCACCGCCUACACCAGCCUGAAGACCAAGCUCACCAACGUCAUCAGCAGCGCCACCGACACCGAGGAGGUGCACUCCAUGCUGGACGCCCUCCUGCCCCCGGACUCCUACUUCCGCUUCAACCCGUUCCUGAGCGAGGACAUUGCGCUGGACGAGAGCCGGCGGGAGCGGCUCAACCUGCUGCAGGCGCAGGGGGCGCAGUACCUGCAGCGCAACGAGGAGAAGCUGCGCCGGGCCGCCGCCGCACUGCUGCAGGAGAAGAGCGCCCUGCAGAGACUCGCCGAGUGGCUGCGGCUCAAGGCCCACAUGUACGACGGCCUGCCCUUCUCCAAGCUGUAGCCCCGCCCACCGGCCCCGCCUCCAUCCCCGCCCACCUCCUCCUCCUCUACCCGCCUGC